CUCUUAAAUCAAUCCAUUCCCUAAAAAGUUGCUUGCAAAAUGGGAGAAUUCUAUAGCUAUCCGUUAUCAAAGGCAAGAAGCAAAUUUGUUUCCAAAAACAAGCAAAAACAGAGCUUAAAAACAGGGGAAAGCAGAGUCCCUUUACAACACUUCUCUUCUUUAACAAGAGAGUUUAGCAGGAGAAGAAGGGGGGAGAUAUCUCUAAAGCCAAAGCAAUGAGGCUUUCAGUUCUUUCGUCUUUGCUUUUACUAGUCCUUCUUUUCUCUCUUUUGCAGACUCCAACUUUUGCUGUCAAAAAGUCUUACAUAGUGUACUUAGGAGGACAUAAUCAUGGUCUAGAGCCCACAUCGGUUGACCUUGAUCAUGUCAUAAAUUCUCAUUAUGAAUUGCUGGCUUCCUUGGUGGGAAGCACUGACACAGCAAAAGAGAAAAUAUUUUACUCAUAUACUCGAAACAUCAAUGGUUUUGCUGCUAUCCUGGAUGAGGAAGAAGCAGCACAGAUUGCAAAUCAUCCAAAUGUUGUGUCCGUUUUCUUGAACAAAGGAAGAAAACUGCAUACGACACGAUCAUGGGAUUUCCUCAGAUUAGAGAAGGAAGGAGUCAUCCUUUCUGGUUCUCUCUGGAAGAAAUCAAGGUUUGGUGAAGAUACAAUUAUUGGAAACCUUGAUACAGGUGUUUGGCCGGAAUCGAAGAGCUUUAGUGAUGAAGGGAUGGGACCGAUCCCAUCAAGAUGGCAAGGAUCCUGUCAGGAUGACACAGCUGAUGGAGUUCGUUGCAACAGGAAGCUGAUCGGAGCAAGGUACUUUAACAAAGGUUAUGAAGCUUUCCUUGGUGGUAAACUCAACGACACCUUCAAGACCGCACGGGACCAUGAGGGCCAUGGUUCCCACACCCUAUCAACAGCUGGUGGCAACUUUGUUCCUGGAGCUAGCGUAUUUGGUUAUGGAAAUGGAACUGCAAAAGGAGGAUCACCUAAAGCCCGUGUGGCUGCUUACAAAGUAUGCUGGCCUCCCAUCAACGGCAGCGAGUGUUUUGAUGCAGACAUCAUGGCUGCCUUUGAUGCUGCUAUAAGCGAUGGUGUUGAUGUGCUUUCUGUGUCAUUGGGUGGUGAAACAGCUGAAUUUUUUGAAGAUGGGCUUUCAAUUGGAGCCUUCCAUGCUGUCAAGAAAGGCAUUUCUGUGGUUUUAUCUGCUGGCAACUCUGGACCAACUCCAGGAAGUGUAUCAAAUGUGUCACCCUGGAUGUUUACAAUUGGUGCUAGCACACUUGACAGGGAGUUCACAAGUUAUGUUGAACUAGGCAACAAGAAGCACCUCAAGGGAGCCAGCCUGGCUUCUGCAACCUUGUCAUCUAGGAGUUCCUAUCCACUGAUCAGUGCUGAUAAGGUGAAAGCAGCCAACACAUCAGCUGCAGACGCUAUCCUCUGUCUGCCUGGGACACUUGAUCCUAAAAUGGUUAAGGGGAAGAUUUUAGUCUGUCUUCGAGGAAUCAACGCAAGAACAGACAAGGGAAAGCAGGCUCUUCUUGCUGGUGCGGUUGGAAUGAUUCUUGCAAAUGAUAAGAACAGUGGAAAUGAAGUCAUAGCAGAUCCUCACUUGCUACCAGCUACACACAUAAAUUUCACUGAUGGUGCUACUGUUUUUGCAUACGUUAACUCAACCAAGAACCCUACAGCAUAUAUAACUCCCGUGAAGACAGAAUUGAAUACAAAGCCUGCUCCAUUUAUGGCUUCUUUUUCUUCUAGGGGACCCAAUUUGAUUGAGCCAUCAAUCCUCAAGCCUGAUAUAACUGCACCAGGAGUGAGCAUCAUUGCUGCUUUCACCGAAUCAGUUGGUCCGACUGAAGAAAUAUCUGACAAGCGUAGGAUUCCUUUCACUUCACAGUCUGGAACUUCCAUGUCAUGCCCACAUGUGUCUGGUAUUGUUGGCCUACUCAAGAGUCUCCACCCUGAUUGGAGUCCAGCGGCAAUAAAAUCUGCAAUCAUGACCAGUGCACGAACAAGAGAUAACACUGAGCAGCCGAUGCUUGAUUCAAGCAACAAGAAGGCAACUCCAUUUGCUUAUGGUGCAGGACAUGUGAGACCAAACCGUGCAAUGGAUCCUGGUCUUGUUUAUGACUUAACUGUUGAUGAUUACUUGAACUUCUUGUGUGCCCGAGGCUACAAUCAAAGCAUGAUAAGAUUAUUCUCAGACAAGCCAUACACUUGUCCAAAGUCAUUCAGCUUAGCACACUUCAACUACCCUUCCAUUUCAGUUCCUCAGCUCAGUGGGUCAACAACUGUUAGCAGGAAGGUUAAGAAUGUUGGUUCACCGGGAACAUACAACGCGCGUGUUAGAUCACCUGCUGGAGUUAGAGUUUCAGUUAACCCUUCAAAACUAAAAUUUGAGAAGAUUGGUGAAGAGAAGAAAUUCGAAGUGACAUUCAAGACAAGGACUAAUGGACAGCUUGCAGGCUAUGUAUUUGGGCAGUUGAUAUGGUCUGACGGUCAACACUAUGUCAGGAGUCCUCUCGUGGUUAAGCACUAGCAGAUCAUUUGGGGGUGAAGGUGAAGUGAGGUCAGUUGGGGUUUGAAUUGAUCAUUAUUCUCAUUCCAUUCUUUGGGAAAACUAAACAGGAAAAAUGCCAAUUGUAAUGACAUUUCUAGUAGCAAAUAAGAGAUUAAAUAGAAGGAUGAUUCCUAUUUUGGUUGUUUAGAUUUUUUUUCUUAAUUAAAAAUUUGACUGCA